AUGCUUAUACUUUUUAUUUUAUUUGCAUAAAGUCUUGAAAAGCUAACAUUAAUUUAACCUGAAAGCCUUAUUGAUAAAUUGGGAUCAGAAAUUAAAUAUGGCCUAGCUCAUUUUGGGUAUUAUUUAAUAAAUAAAUAGUGAUAUGCCAUGGGGUUAUAGGAUGAUUGGUACACUAAUACCUACAUAUCCCAUUCUUGGAUGUGAUUCCAUUUUACCUUCCAAAGAACAUGAAUUCAUCUUUAUUGAAAGAGGAGAAUGUACUUUUGUUACUAAAGUGAGGAAUGCUCAAAAUGCUGGAUAUAAAUUAGUUAUAAUUGGAGAUAAUAUUAAUGAAGACAUUGAUAAUACUUUUUCUAUGCUUAAUGAUGGAUCAGGAUCUUCUAUUAAUAUACCUUCCAUCAUUAUAGGUAGCAAAUGGACAAAUGAAUUUAAAGACAUAUUUACUAAUUAUGCUGGUAAUUCAGAACACACUAUUAAAUUACUUAUGAAAUUUGAUGUAAUAAAAUAAAGGAAUGUUAAUGUUUUAUUCUCUAUUGAUUUAUUAAAUAAUAACACACUUCAAAUUAUAAGUGAAUAUAAACCAUAUCAAUAAUUAUUCGAUAUACAAGAAGUGAACUAUCAAUUUUUAUAUCCUAUAUACAGUUUAAAAAUGUAAGAUGAUGAAAAUACUAUUAUUGAAUCCUUAAAUUGUAUUUCUUAAGGGAGAUAUUGUACUUAUGAUCCUGAUGGAGAUGAUUAUGGAACAGGAUAAGAUGUUAUUGAAGAAAUAAUAAGAUAACUUUGUUUAUAGAAAUUAAAUAUUGAGGUAUUUUUUAAUUAUUUAGUAAUAAAUUGUAUAUAUUUUAGGAUUUAUUUAAAGAUUAAUGUAAAAUUGCUUAUAUGUAUGAAUAUUGUUUCUCAGAAUUACUUAUUAGAUUAAAUUAUCCAAUAUCUAAAGUAGUUAAUUGUUAUGAUAAUUCUUUCAAAAAAUUAAAAUCUAAAUCAAAAUCUAAUUUAAAUGCUUACAAUAGUUUAUUGGAAGAAUAAUUAGAAAUACUUUCUGAAUUCCCUCAUACCAAUUUUCCACCUGUAAUGUUAAACAAUCAUUUUGUUGUUAAAAAUGUUACAGCUAAAAAUAUAUUUAUCAAUAUUUGUUAAGGUAAUAUUUGAUCUUAUAAGGUUUCUUAAAUCCCCCUGAAAUAUGUAACAAUUAAUCAAAUUAUUCAAACAUUUAGGAUCUCUCUUAAUAAUCUAGUUCCUUCUUAUAAUUACUAAUUAUCCUACUGGGUGUUCUACUUAUAUUUUUAUUAGUAGCAACAUUAGUUUAUAAAAAGAUAGUGAAACGUGCUUAAUAAGAAUAAACAUCAGAAUAAGUACAUGAACUAGUCACUUAAUAUAUAACAUUUGUAGAAACUAAAGCUUCUAAACAGAAAAGUAGUUAAUGA